CAGAGGCGGCUCAGCACAGAGGGAGGAAGGACCACAGAGCCUACUUGUCGUGACAGCAGUGCUCCUGAGCAUUUCUGGAGCCGAAGCUCUCCGCACAGAGAGAAGGACAGAGCAGGCAGCAGGCGGCAUGGAGCCCCCCUCGGCCCUUCCCCGAGGAGGGCGUGUUCCCUGGCAGGAGCUCCUGCUGGCAGUCUCACUCCUAACCUUCUGGAACCCUCCCACCACUGCCCAAGUCACUGUUGAAUUGGUGCCGCCCAAUGCUGCCGAAGGGAAGGACGUUCUUCUGCGUGUCCACAAUCUGACUGCCAAUCUUCUAGGCUUUGGCUGGUUCAAAGGGACAACUAUAAAUCCCCGUAGGGAAAUUGUAUCAUAUGCAGCAGACUCACAAGAAAUUACCCCAGGACUUGCACACAGCGGCAGAGAGACAUUAUAUCACAACGGAUCCCUGCUGUUCCAGAACAUCAACCUGGAGGACACAGGAUACUACACCCUACAAAUCAUAAAGAGGAAUGUUCAAGUUGAAAGAGUAACUGGACAGCUCCGUGUAUAUCCGGAGUUACCCAAACCCAACAUCACAAGCAACAACUCGGACCCCGUGGAGAACGUGGACUCUGUAGUAUUAACGUGUGAACCUCAGACUCAGAACACAAGCUACCUGUGGUCAGUAAACAGUAAGAGCCUCCCGGACAGCGCCAGGCUGGAGCUGUCCCUGGACAACAGGACUCUCACUUUACAUGGUGUCACAAGGAACGACACAGGACCUUAUGAGUGUGAGACUUGGAACCCAGUCAGUGCCAGUCGUAGUGACCCAUUCACCCUGAAUGUUCUCUAUGGCCCGGAUGUCCCCACCAUUUCCCCCUCAGACUCCUAUUACUGUCCAGGGGCAAACCUCAGUCUCUCCUGCCACUCAGCCUCUAACCCGCCUGCACAGUAUUCUUGGCUUAUCAAUGGGAGCCCCCAGCCAUCCUCACAGGAGCUCUUUAUCCCCAACAUCACUGUGAAUGAUAAUGGAUCCUAUGCCUGCCUUGUUUAUAACCCUGGCACUCGCCUCAAUAAGUUCACGGUCAAGACUAUCACAGUCUCUGAGCCAGUGUCCCAGCCCUCCAUCAACAUCAGCAACACCACAGCCACAGGACAUAAGGACUCUGUGGUCCUGACUUGCUCUACAAAUAACACAGGGGUCUCCAUCUGGUGGUUCUUCAAUAACCAUAGUCUAAAGCUCACAGAGAGGAUGAAGCUGUCCCCGGACAACAGCAUCCUCACCAUAAGCCCUGUCAGGGUGGGGCAUGCCGGCAAUUAUCAGUGUGAAGUCUCCAACCCAGUCAGUUUCAGCAAAAGUGACCCCGUCAGGCUGGCUGUGAUCUAUGGAAGAAGCCCCACGGGCCUCCCUGUGGGGACCAGUGUUGGCAUUGCAAUUGGGGUCUUGGUCGGGGGGGCACUCGUGGCCGCCCUGGGGUAUCUCCUGCUCCGUGUGAAGGCGGGAAGGGCCAGUGGCCAACGUAAUCACAGAGAGAUGGGGCACCCAGCCUGCACCCCUGGUCAUGGUCCAGUCAGCAGCUCCACAUCCCCGAACACCCUACCCAGCCCGAGGACAGCCGUUCCCAUCUACCAGGAGUUACAACACCCUGACAGGAACAUUUACUGCCAGAUCAACCACAAAGGACAAGUGUCUUCUUAGUUUCCCCUUCCCCUGGGAGCUACUCCUUCCAGGGGCCUUCCUGAGACCCCAGACCCUGGGUGGGGUCAGGUGCCGCCGCCUGAGCCAGAGAACCAGCUCUGAGCCUAGAGGAUAUUCAGGGACAUGGACCCAGGGUCCGGGCCUUCCUGAUUUCUGGAAGCCCUGACAGGCUGCCACAAACCCCGGAUGGGCCAGGACAAAGGCCCCCAUGUCCCAGGAAGUGGGGUUUCCCAGGGAAAGUGUCCUGGGCCCUGACCCACCAGGGACAACAUGAGGGGAUCUGAUUAAACAGGACUCUUCCCCCUC